AUGGAUGAACUAUUCAAGAAAGCAAUCAAAGAAAAUGAAGCUUCGAGGAAGCCCCUCAGCGCUGUUCCGUGGAAACCCGAUCAGCCGUAUGCACAGCCCUUUUUCACACACGACCGCUCUAAACAAGCGUGGGCACCGGCGGAGCCCAGGCCGCUGCAGAAAGGGGAUAGUGGAGGUGGAAAUGGAAUUAAUCGGUUGAGGCUGUAUAGCUGGAACAUCGAUUUCAUGCUACCAUUCGCGAAAGCGAGGAUGGACGCCGCGCUAGACCAUCUCGACGGUCUAACGAGCAAAUUACCAUCCACAACCGCCGCAGUAAUCUUCUUGCAAGAGUGCAUCUCCGAAGACCUCGAGACGAUUGGUGAAAAGGAAUGGGUAAGGGAUAAAUUCAAUGUGACGGAUAUCGACGGCAGCAACUGGCAAGCCCACUACGGCACCACCACGCUAGUCGACCGCCGACUAGAUAUCACGUCCUGCUUCCGGGUGCACUACGCGAAGACGCACAUGGAGCGCGACGCCCUAAUCGUAGAAACAUCGCUGGCUUCUUCGCCCAGCGGCACGCCCAAGACCCUCCGGCUGUGCAACUCGCACCUAGAGUCGCUAGCCCUGGAGCCGCCGCUGCGCCCGGCGCAAGUACACGCCCUAGCGACGCACAUGCGCGCGCCGGACGUGCACGGGGCGCUCGCGGCGGGAGAUUUCAAUGCGAUACAGCCGUUUGACCGGACGCUGCACGCGGACAACGGGUUGAAAGACGCGUAUCUCGAGCUUGGAGGAAGCGAGGAUAGCGACGUGGGGUAUACGUGGGGACAGCAGGCGGCGACGACGAUACGGGAGCGGUUCGGGUGCUCGCGCAUGGAUAAGGUGUAUUUUACGGGGGGGUUGAAGGUGCAUGGGUUUGAGAGGUUUGGGGCGGAUGUGCAGGUGAGUGGUGCGAGGGAGCGCAGGGAGAUUAAAAAGUUGGGGUUUGAGAAGCCGUGGGUUACGGAUCAUUUGGGUGUUGUGGCGGAGUUUGAGGUUGUUGAUUGA